UCUCCCCGUCUGCCCCGGCCGGGAUCGGCCGUGCUCCCCCGGCCCCCCCAGCCCUCCCCACCGCCGCCGCUGCCACGCACAGCCGCAGACCCGGGCGGCCUCAGCGGCAGCUCGCAUGCAGCCGGGGAUUACAGCGGGGCGAGGGCAGCGCGGGCUCAGCUUUUAUCCCCCCACCCCCGCCUCCCCUCCGCCCCCCCCCGGCUCCACCAGCGCUUCCCUGUCGGCCCCCCCAUCCCCGCCCGCCAGCCCAGCCGCUCGCCGCGCCGCUCGGUCGGUGGCUUGUCAGCUCCGGAGGAGGCGGGCGGGGGGGAAGCAGGGAGAUGCCUUUGCCGCGGUUUUUCCACCCCCAGCCCUCUCCGUGCCGGGGGGGGCGGUGAUGUGGAGCCGGGAAUGUAGAGCAAAGCCCUCCCUGGGAAGGAGCGACCGGCACAAACCUCUCGCCGGGGCUUUGGCGGCCGUGCACUGCACGGGGAAGCCCGAGCAGCCCCUGCCAGCGCCGGGGAAUCCCUCCUCCAGCCCCUGGCGGUGCCCCGGGCGCCAGCGGAGCAAGCUUCAGGAAUGGGUUGGUCUACCUGAAAAGGACUCUAUCCAAAUAUCUGUAGUCUCCAAGCUCAUCCUCCUAAAGACUCUGGCAUUACAACUACAACCUUUUUAAAAUGGCUGAGAAGCCUCCACCAGGGAUCAACAAAAAGUCUUCAAGGUCUACCCUUUCUCUCCCGCCAGAACCAGUGGAGAUCAUUAGGAGCAAAGCCUGCUCACGGAGAGUUAAAAUAAAUGUUGGUGGGCUCAACCAUGAAGUGUUAUGGAGGACUUUGGACAGACUUCCAAGGACACGAUUAGGAAAGCUCAGAGACUGUAAUACUCAUGAAUCUCUGCUCGAAGUAUGUGAUGACUAUAACUUAAAUGAAAAUGAAUACUUUUUUGAUCGACACCCAGGGGCUUUCACUUCCAUUUUGAAUUUCUACAGGACAGGAAAACUACAUAUGAUGGAAGAAAUGUGUGCUCUUUCUUUUGGACAGGAGCUUGAUUACUGGGGGAUUGAUGAGAUAUAUUUAGAAUCUUGCUGCCAGGCAAGAUACCACCAAAAGAAAGAGCAGAUGAAUGAAGAGCUGAGGAGAGAGGCAGAGACAAUGCGAGAGAGAGAAGGGGAAGAGUUUGAUAAUACAUGUUGCCCAGAGAAGAGGAAGAAACUCUGGGACCUGCUGGAGAAACCCAACUCAUCUGUGGCAGCAAAGAUUUUGGCCAUUGUGUCCAUUCUGUUCAUCGUACUGUCCACUAUUGCUUUGUCUCUUAACACACUGCCAGAGCUUCAAGAAAUAGAUGAAUUUGGGCAGCCAAAUGACAACCCUCAGCUAGCACACGUUGAAGCUGUGUGUAUUGCUUGGUUUACCAUGGAGUACCUUUUGCGUUUUCUGUCCUCACCAAAUAAGUGGAAAUUCUUCAAAGGCCCAUUAAAUGUCAUUGACUUGCUGGCUAUCUUGCCAUACUAUGUCACCAUUUUCCUCACAGAGUCCAAUAAAAGUGUACUGCAGUUCCAAAACGUCAGACGUGUGGUUCAGAUAUUUCGUAUUAUGAGGAUCUUAAGGAUUCUUAAACUUGCCAGACAUUCAACAGGCCUUCAGUCUUUAGGUUUUACUCUCAGGCGGAGUUACAAUGAAUUGGGCUUGUUGAUAUUGUUUUUAGCCAUGGGAAUAAUGAUAUUUUCAAGUCUUGUAUUCUUUGCUGAAAAGGAUGAGGAUGCUACAAAAUUUACCAGUAUUCCUGCAUCAUUCUGGUGGGCAACAAUUACUAUGACUACUGUAGGAUACGGUGACAUUUAUCCUAAGACUUUGUUAGGUAAAAUAGUUGGAGGACUUUGCUGUAUUGCUGGAGUGCUGGUCAUAGCCCUGCCCAUACCAAUUAUUGUGAACAAUUUCUCAGAGUUUUACAAGGAGCAGAAAAGACAAGAGAAGGCAAUUAAGAGAAGAGAAGCACUUGAGCGAGCUAAAAGGAAUGGCAGCAUUGUCUCCAUGAACCUGAAAGAUGCCUUUGCUCGCAGUAUGGAAAUGAUAGAUGUAGCAGUAGAUCCAAGUAAGCCUGGAGAAGCAGCUAACCCGAAGGAGACAGUCGAUGACAACCACCUCUCCCCAAGCCGGUGGAAAUGGGCCAGAAGGACAAUGUCUGAAACAAGCUCAAACAAGUCUUAUGAGAACAAAUACCAAGAAGUUAGUCAACAAGACUCCCAUGAGCAAUUAAACAAUGCUGCAGCAUCCUCCAGCCCACAGCACCUCAGUGCCCAGAAAUUGGAAAUGCUAUAUAAUGAAAUUACUAAAACUCAGUCUCAGCCUAAUCUGAAUGCUGGUUACCAAGACCAGUCAGCAAAGCCACCCAUGUAUGAAGAAGAAAUAGAGAUGGAAGAAGUUACAGGCCAGAGAGAUCCAUUGCCACCUGGACCUACAGACAUCAUAAUGGACAUGAGAAGCACAUCCAGUAUUGACAGCUUUGCCAGCUGUGCCACUGACUUCACGGAAACGGAGAGGUCUCCCCUUUCUUUGUUUCCUAGCUCUCACUUGCAAAUGAGAUUCCCAACUGAUUCUGUUAACCCAGAAGACAACCAAAGAGUAAGGAGUUCUCAGUUUAUACCAUUCAUAAAAGACAGAAUGUUUUCUCCAACAGAUAUCACCUUUGACUAUAAUCCAAUUGACAGAGCUGUUAUCAGUGAUGGCAGUGGAUCCCAAGCUGUUUUGCAUGGUCACUUACAUUUUGACACUGCCAUGGAAAGCCCCAAAAGUUCUCUGAAAGGUAGCAAUCCAUUAAAAUCCAGAUCCCUUAAGGUUAAUUUUAAAGACAAUAGAGGUGGUGCUCCACAAACACCACCUAGCACUGCAAGGCCACUGCCAGUGAUGGCAGGAGCAGACUUUACCCAGGCUACCCCUCAGCACAUCAGCACCAUUCUCCUGGAAGAAAAUUCACCCCAAGGUGAACGACCUUUACUUGGUGCUGACGCAUCAGGAUUUUGUCAGGGACUUUCCAAAAAAUCAUCCCCUCUGUUUCCCAAACAAAAAAUUUUCACUUUCCCCUCAAAAGAAAGGAGAAGCUUCACCGAAAUAGACACUGGAGAAGAAGAAGAGUUUAUGGAGUUACACGGUGUAAAACAUGAGAAACAACAAGAUAUCAAGACAAACUGCUGUGGGGACAAACACGGUGAUGGCAACCAUUUAACAGAGGAGCCACAGGUCAGCUCUUCACCCAAAAGCAUGAGUCACAACUGUACUCAAGACAUUUACCAUGCUGUGGGUGAGGUAAAGAAAGACAGUAACCAAGAAAGUCACAAAAUGGAAAACCAUUUAUUUGCCCCAGAAAUUCAUUCAAGUCCAGGAGAAACUGGUUACUGUCCCACACGUGAAACUAGCAUGUGACUAGUUACAAGAGCAAUAAAAAUACUUUUUCUUAAGCCACAGUUAGUAAUGCCUAUGAACUAAAACAUGGAAAGCCUCAAAAAGUGCAUAAAAUGUUAUUUUUGCAUGGCAUGAAGAAUUGUUUAGUUUAAAUACUGUUUAAUUAAAAAAUAAGACUGCUUUUUGUAACAAAUUGAAAACAAACAAAAAAAAAACUUGACUCAAGAACAGUGAAUAAAAUAAAGAGAGCUCUGUUAGGAGCCAGUGUUCUGCAACAUCUGACAUUUUUGAUCCUUUCACUUAUGAUUGUAGACAGGUUUUGAACUCUAACUUUUUUGUUUUCUUGGUUACAACAAAUUUUAGAAUUUGCACAUGAAAGGAUGAAAUGUCAAUGCAUGCAUUCAUAAUGAUGUGAAACAAGGUGCUUCGAGCUUGCAAAAUGCAUACAUAUGUAAAUAGUUUGGGGUUGGGGGGAAAGCUACUGUUAACAAGGAUUUAUGGAAAAUGAAUUUCCUGGGACACAGGUACUUCCUUCACAGCGUGCUGCCUGGAGGUUUUGUACAGACUUAUGUUGCAAAAUUGCAACUUCUACUUAAAGCAUCUCACAUAUCUUGCUUUCUGUUAAAAAGCUCAUGAUAUAUCUGUUAAUUAAGGGACUACAGUAUUUUAGUUUAUCUGUGCUGUAAAUUGUAGUUGUUUUUUUCUUCAAUUUGCAUAAUUUUUGUUAUUACAUUUGUCAGUUUAUUUAAUGAUCCUGUGAGAAAAAGCAAAGAUUUAAUGACCAGAACUUGAAGUAUUUGAUACUUUUAUUGAAUACUGCCAUUUCAUAACUAAGAAAAAAAAAUGUUCCGUUUGAAAUUUAAUAAAUUAAAAAACAAACAACAUAGAAUUAUUUCUGUGGCAAUAAAUAGUGCCAAAGACUAUACAGACAUAUUCAAAAGUUCUCAGUCUUAGUAUAUUUGAUCUUAACAGAAAUAUAACUCAUGUUCUUUUUUCCUUUGAUUUAAAAAUAUUUGCUUCUAUGUGAUCUUUGAGAACUCUUGACAGCUCUCCUUCCCUUCUAGCUCCAAAUCAGUGCCCACACUUCAGUAAUGGCAGUGCUACUAAAGUCAUUACGGGGUAAGGUCAUAAGAGACAAGCUUAAACUGACAGGAGGUAUCACCUUACUCACCAGAUUUGCCUCAACCCAUACUCCAGUGGCUGUUCCAAAAGCUAAGCAUAGGCUUUUCCUUAUAAAGGGAAAUGUCAAUAGUUCCAUAGACACCUGCCAAAGCAUCUUUGGUUUCCCUGAUAUUCUCCAGCUGUGUAUCCAUUCUGUAAAAGGUGUUGAACCAAAGCCUUCAUUACAAAGUAUGAACUUAACCACUGUCUGAAAAAAGCUAUUAAUUUUUUAUCCAGCACCAGUAACUUCCUGUGCUAUAAUAAUAACUAUAGAUUGCUUGAAUUUCCUAAAUCAUAAAAUCCUACUCAUAAGCAAAAGUAUGCAGUACACAUACAUGCCCUAUUAAAUGUCCUUUUUUAAUUAAAAAAAAAAAAAAUCUUUUUUUUUUUUUUUUCUGUCCUCUGAUUUCUGCUGAAUUUGGAUGCUCCCUCAACCAAUUUCUUACAAAGCUGUUAACUUUUGUAAGAGCAGUAAGUCCAGUCUCACAGUCAGAGGGUCCAGCAGUUAAGUCUGAUGAGCAUGAAUUCCCUCCAUGGGCCUGUUGCCUCACACUGAGCCUUUCACUUCCCUAAGCACAAAAGGGAGAUAAUGCUUCUUCCGUGUCAGGAGUCUAACAAUAAACAUGCAAGGACUGAGACAAGAAUGGGAGCCUUAAAAGCACUUUAGACUAACCAAGAUGUGGUUGAAAACAACAGGCUUCUACUUCCCAUAGUGGAACUUGGUUACUUUUUACUCAUGUGUCAUUUUCUGUCCUUUAAAUGAGUAAAAAUCAGCACCUAGCACAUUUAAUGUAAAAGAACACGCAUUUUAUUGCAACAUUGCCCUCUGCUUGAGACAGCUGGGCUGAUGCCGCAGACCUCACUCAAGCCUGCCACAUGGAAAAGAGGCAAGUCUGAAAAGCUCUGAAACACGGACUCUGGUGGCUGGACCAAAUAAUGAGCACAGAACAGUCCCUUUGUUUAAAAAAAAUAUAUAUAUAUAUAUAUAUAUAUAUUUGUAAGGGUAGAUUUCCACAACACGGUAACAUCAAGGUAUAUCUUCAGUCAUUCGAAACACUGGGAAUAUAAUGUUAUUUCUUCAGAAAAAUGUCUGGUCAUUAAUUCUCAAAAUUAAAAAUAAUAAUAAUAAUUGUUUUUUGUCCUUAGUUGCAGUUCAUUGCAACUUGUUGCUGCAUUCAAUUUUACCUACUUAUAUGGCAUCCUGCUUAACAUUUCAAUCAUAUUGUGUCUCACUGUUCCAAAACUUAGCUCUCAAGUACUUUAUAGUCAUUAAUCUUAUUUUUUUUUCUUGCUAGAUAUUUUCAGUGACAAAAACUAAAUGUCGGUCAAUUUUUAUAUGCCUAAAGCAUUGGUUUGUAUUUUCUAUGUGCAGUUUUAAUGAAAUCACGUGGGCCUGUUCUAUCUGCCUUUACAUCCUAGCGGACUAAUGAAGACCAAAUUAAGUCCAAACAGGACUUGAUCCCAUGCUCUGGAUCCACAGAAAAAUCCCAGUCAAGAUAAUGGUGUUGUUCUGGCAAGACUAAGGUCUGUGUCCUGUUCCUACCAUGUGCUUUUUCUCUCCGCUGAUGCUUACACUUUCAGAAAGCCCCCUCAGAUCUGAGCCACUUUUUGGAAAGGGAGGAGUCAAGCCAUAGGGAACUUUUUUGCAGGAGCAGAGAUUUGAGUUCUAAGCUCUCCUGAGCUAAACCAGUACUUUAUGCAAACCUAAUUCUGCCCUAUGAAAAUCACUAAAAAUUCAAUAGUGGUAAAAUUAAAACCUCAAUCCUUGUGCAGUUGAAUUCCCCCUGAAACCAAUGUGAGUCUGCCAGAAAAAGGGAAUGACUGAACGUAAAUGAGGACAGCAAGACUCUCUCGAGUAAAAUCAACAGGAGCUUUAAACGUGUAAGCCAGAUGAGAAGACCAGGCCUUUAUUCACUGUUGUAUUUUAAAUGUUUUCAGAGAAGCACAGUUAUUUUGAAAUUGUACAAGCAAAAGAAAUGCAAUUCUCUUUAUUAACAGAUGUUGUGGGGCUUUUUUUGAAAUUUUGGAAGAAAAAGGGUCAAGCUUUAGAAGUGCUUUUGUUAAAAUUUCAUUGAUUCAUUAUAUGCUUUUGACUAUGCUGAAUAUUAUUUCCAGAAUCACAGGUUUAGGCAUUUGGCAUUUCCAGUCUUGGCUGCAUACAUGUGAUCCACUCCUGAAUACCUAGCUCACUGCUAACUCCUGAUCAAGUAUUUAUUUGAGUAGUUGCAGGAUUGGACCUAGCUUUUAUUUUAGCACAACAUGUAUAAAAAGUGCAGUCCAGGAUCUCUUCAUUCUUUAUGAAUUUGAAUUGCUAUGUAGCAAAUUAUACAAAACUACCUGAGUAUAUUUUCUGCUGUUCUAAAAAAAAAAAAAAAAAAAAAAAAAAAAAUCAAAGCCAUUUCAGACCUAUUGCCCAUUCACCACAGUAAGGGGAGUUCUUGAGUCAGUCUCCAAAAGCUGUAGAAUUUCAAGACAGCUUAAGGAGUCUUGAGAUGAAGUUCCUCCCCUGUGCACCUCAAAGGAGUCUGACUCUUCGUAUUGCUGGAAAAUGAAGAUUGUUCAGGGAGAUAGCUUUGCAAUCAAUUUAUUUUUUAUAUUUUGUACUAACUGCAGAAUCCUGAUUCAAAAUUCUAAUUAAUUUUCAAUGAUGAAACCAAAUGUACACAUUUAAAGGAUGCUCACAGAGUAAUCAGAACAAUUUUGGAGUAAAUAGUCACAUUAAUCCAAAUCCAGGGUGGGGGGAAUAAUAUAUCGCACAAACUGCAAAGUAAGUUCAUGCAGGAAAGCUGUUUACAGGGGAUGCAUAUAAGAAUGUAACAAGGUGUAGGAAGUUAUUGCACUAGAAAAUUUCUAUAAAAUACACUUUUUUAAACAAAAACACAAAAGGCCUUUUAAUGCUUCAUUGUAUAGAAUAUAGGAGCUUCUGUGCUAAUGAAGAAAUCUAAUGCACUGUGUCCUCACUUCAAAAUUGGUCUCAAAAUUCAAAUAUUAGCGAUGUAAAAGAGGUGAUAUCUGAUUCAACACUAGAGCAACUGACUUAAAGAGCUGUUUCUUUUUAGCACAAGAUUAUGUAACCAAAAGUGCGUGCAGAAAACUGUAUUUUUGCCUAUAACACAUACAUAAAUCAAAACGGCAGUUGACUUCUUGAGUCUUUUCAUACCAGAUAAAAUGUGGCAACGUAUUUAUAUUCCUUAUACCCUUCUAUAAGUGAAAAACAACUUGUUCAUUUAAAACUAGAUCUCUUCCCCUACAUGCAGACUGAGCUUGUUUCUGUUUCCUUAGAUCUGCUUGAAACAAGUUUUAGCUUCAAAUUGUUUAAUUAACUCCUUCAACCUCAUCUCUGAGGCACAGUUCAGUACAAAUACCACUUGUCUUUUUCCAGUCCCAUUGCAAAUACAGUCAGCAUGCUAAAAAUGUCCAUGGCCUUCCUAACUGUCUUCUUUUCAUUCAUUUAAUUUUGAGGUCAUUUGGAUAGAAAAUGAAGAUUUAUAUUUUGUUCAUGCAAAAAAUAUAUAUAUUUUAAAAGGAAAAAAACAAAAAAGGAAAGAAAAGAAUAUGUUUUUGAAAGUAGUCAGCACAGAUCAAGCAGGAAAUGCAAAUACAACAAAAGGGGAAGAAAGGCAGAAAACCGUAAGUAGACAAGGCAUGUUUUAAUAUACUAUAUAAAUUAGAGAUAUAUAAAAAAAAAAACACAUAUAUUACUAGACCUUGGUCACACUUAAUGAGGCAAAAAUGCCACUAGCAAAAGAUUAAUUACAGUCCUAGCCCAUCUUAAUUUUUAUCCUAGAACCAACAGGUCUCUACUGAGACUUUCAGUGAUCUUACCCACUUACCUAACAUGCACAUCUGAUCUGUUUUUCCAAAAGACUUUCCUGAAAAAUAAGACAGUCUGCAUUGUUAUCAUUGUUGAUCUUUGGAUCUCUUCCCCUUUCCCUCCAAACACCAACCUUCUCCUCUACUUGGGAUCAGUCACAAGACAACCCAACAAAUAAGAUGUGUCUUGUUCAUCAGAAAAAUAUUUUUGUAGUCAGGUGCAAAUGGCCAGGUAGAUAUUAACUCUGGGGUUCUAUGGCAUUUGAACUGAGGAACAAGAAGAACUGAGUGUCCUUUCUUUCUGUUAUUGUUGCAGUCAUACCAUCUCACAACUUCACAAGUUUUCUAGCUUUAAAAUGCUCUGUCUCCUCUGGUAUCCACCUCAUCCUGCGAGAUGUUUCAGUGCAUUUGUUCAGGGCUUUUGCAAGAGCUUUGCAGUUUCUAACUGACUGUUACAUGCUAAUGAGAUAGCCAUCAGAACCAGUAUGAAAAUUUGUCUGUUGUCCAACAUAAUGGUACUCAGUUUAAACUCUGUCUGAAAUGUUUUCAUAUUGUAAAGCAGAUCAAGUGAUCUGGGAUCAAAAUCCUUCACAGAAACCAUGUCAGUUCCAUCAGUGAAGAAAGGUUAGAUGACUGGCAGACGUAUGCAAAAUUAUUUGAAUAAUGCAAUAGUUUCUUGUUUGGUAAUCAUACACCAUGUGAUAUUACAGAUGGAGUUACAUACUUGUCCUUGUAUUUCUUCCAUUGCAGGGUUAACUAAUAUAUUUUGGAAACACUGUGUUACAAUAUUUAAGAAGCAUUACCUUUUAGCCGUAAUGGAGAUUUCUUCCAAAACAGCAGUGGUAUCAUAGUCCUAUAUUAUUACUGAUUGCAAUUUAAUUUUCUUUUACGACACCUAACACAAGCCCAUAUGGAUCCCAUUGUAGAAGAAGGAAGUAGCACACAAAUAUUAUUGGUCUCUCUAAUGAGGAGUAGGUAAAGAACAUUUUAGCUAAUAUUUAAUCCAAAAGAUAUGAUUAUCCUAACUAUACCCAUGAACAAAACAGAAUGGUGACGUCAUUAAAUAUUGAUUGUAGUCCUGUGUUUAAUGCAAAUCCUGAAUCUAAGAGCAGUCUGGGUAAUUAAUUUCACUUUAUUAUUUGCAUUAGUAUUUUUUUAUCUCAAAUAAAUAUAUAAAUCCAUUCUUAACUUCAGCAGGAGUAAGGUACACUUACCAACAGAAAAAAUUUGGUAUAUAAGAAAGACCUAAACGUUGUGUCUUGCAUUACAUUACCUUUGAAAUUUAUUGUACCAAAAUGAAGUUUUUAAAGUAUUUUCUAUUGAGGGACUAUGACUUGCACAGCAAAAGUAAUUCAUUAAUGAAGGGGUUGGAUUCUUCAGGCAUAUGUAUCUGCAUGUUUCUAAAUCUAGAAGUCUGUGGUUAUGUUUACACUGGCAUCUUUGCAGAAAUCAGGUUAAAUCUAUUACUCAAGCAAAUUUUGCUAUUGUCAUCCAUGGUGAUGUAUGAAAAGAGGCUGUAUACACGGCUGUAUACAGCCAAAGAUUAAAUUGUCCCCAGUCUAUUCUCCCACUUAUCCCAGGUGGAAUCAUUCAAACAACCAGUCUGAUAUUCUUCAGAACAUUGGAAUAGUUGUGGUCUGCAAUUUGGGCUGCACUCUUGAAUAUAGCAUAUUUCUACAGUCAAAUACUCUAAAGUUGGUAUUAUGUUUGACUAAAGCAGUACUGACAGCCCUAGUUUGACUCUCACUCCCAAAUCAUUAAAUCAGCAGAAUGAUAAAACUGACUGCAAGUAACGCUAUUUAACUUAACAGUAACUCUUUAUACUGGUAUGAAUAAAAGUGAAUGUCUGUGCAAACAGCUAAGCAGUGACAGAAGAUCAGAACUAUUUUGCGCCCAACUACUAUGCCUAGGUAUCUUUUCAUGUGGGUCAUCAGUUGGAAUUGAUUUAAGUUGCACGGUUAGGGGGGUUGAUGGUGUGCUUAGUUGCUCUGAUCUCUAGGGCAUAUCUUGUAAAAGGGAAUGCAAGAAACAAAAAGCCUAUUCUUUUUCUUCUUACUGUUUUUAUUUUUUAAUGAUUGCAAGGUUAAGGACAUAUGUUCUAUAUUGAUGUUUUGGCUCUAAGUUUUGCUCAGAUAGCAUCUCUCAGUGGAGAUACAAAUACAAAACAUUUAUGCCUGUUCUUGAAGUCCUUAAGCAGAAAGCCAAUGGGAAUUCUGCCUAUAUAAAACUGAAGGAUGGAGCAAUAUAUUAUAGCUUUAGGCAAAAGGAGCAGUUUCUAACACAUAUUGCAAAAUGGAAAAGAAAAAAAAGAAAAAGAAAAAAGAAAAAAGAAAAAAGAAAAAACACAGUUGGGGACAAUCAUGGGUACUUCUGCUAGGAUGCAGAGUUCUGGAUUUAUACCUCUAAAUUUUCAAAGAGUUAUGCAGAGUUUUACCUAUGUAACUCUCAAAAUUCAAAGGAGCCAUGCUGAUAAGAUGAAAUAUGGAGGGACUAGAGUACAAAGAACCUGAGAGUUGAAUACAUAGCCUAUUGCUUUAAGAUCACUGUAAAUAUCAACUAAGAAUAUGUACUGAUUCAUGUUUAUAAGUUAUUACUGUGUUAGUUUCAUAGGUAUGGUAGCAUGACUACUAUUAGUUCUAUUGAUUUAAUGAACUUUACUUUGUAUUCCUCUGUGAAUGCUCUGAAUGCUGCAAACAAAAAAGCACAACAGUAUUUUUCAAGUUCUCUUGGCGCGAUAGCAGUGUCUUCACUAUUGAUCAAUUUUACAGAAUUAGCAACAUUUCAUCAUAAACUGCUCUAUUAACAACAUAUCUUUCUUUCAAAGAACUGUCACUAGAAGAUAAAAGCGUAUGUGAUAAGUGUUGUCUAAUCUCAUUCAUCUGCCUUUACAAAAUGCCCCAGACAUUUUGUGGGAGAAUAUGCUGCUUUUGCUUCAUGCAUUGUUUGCAUUUGGGGGUGGGGCAGGGAAAUAGUAGGGCAUUUUGCAAUGGUAAUUGCAUCAAACAUGCUUUUUUCAUUAUUGUUGUAUUUGUUAGAAACAUUUUGAUUUAAUUUCUUUUUGUAGCUAAGACUGUUUGACAAUAGCGUUAUUUUUCCAGCUAACCAUCUGAUUCCAUUAGAAUAAUAACUUUUCACAUUUAGUGGUAUUCGUAUCAAUGUCUUCAUAUCAGCUGCAUUUUAACUUCAUAAAAAAAGGAAAUGUGGUUAUUAUUUUUGUCAUACUAGGUUUUGCUGAUCAACUAAAUAUUUCUGCACCAAUCUACAUACUAAUAUGCAUGUUGUAGUCUGUACAAUUGUUCAACAUCAAAAUAUCUGUUUAAUUUAUGUCAAAUGUCUGUAAAAUAAAUGCAUUGUUCUCCAUUUCAGUCUGAUAGAAUAAGCAGGAUAGUAAAUAAAUGUGUAAAUGAA